AUGGCGCAAUUCAUAGUGCAAGAUUAUUCCGCGCCGCGAUUCCAGGGUUUUGCUGCUUACCCUUCUGCAUUCCUGGAGGUGGAUGUGGAGGUGGAGGAAGGCGGGGUUAGUGUGGGUGGAGGUUGUAAGAGGGUUUGGGAUCCAGUAAAUGCCCGAUUCGAACCUUGUGCCCUACCACUCAUCUCAGCAAUCCCCGCAGCCAUCACCCUAUGCAUCCUCCUUGGCUUCGUGCUCCAACUCCUGCCAACGCGCAAAGUGACACCAAAAUGGCUCCGAGUUUUCAUCCACGAGAUCCCCGAGCAGCAAGAAGAGCUUCUCCCUAAGAAGAAGCGGCAUUUUACUUUUCUGUCAGGAACCCUGCUUCUUGCGUCUCUGGUGGGAUUCAUCUUGCAAACGGUCUCGGUAUUUCGUCCCAAGCUUCGGCUGGUGGCAAUAUACCCAGCUGCAUCAUGGGCAAUUGCAUGCCUUAUUGUUACUCUCCAGCGUCCGGCAAAGACGCCAAAAGCAUUGCUCGUUUUGUAUACCAGCAUUUUUGCUACUCAGGCAAUAGUCCUUAUCGACAAAUUCUUCUCUACCUCCCGCGAAGACAUCCCCGCUAUCCUAGCACUCAUCACCUCCCUCAUCGCCAUCUUAGUAGUUUUGCACAUGCCCUUGCGCGACCCAUCUCUGCCUCGCGCUACUAUCAGCCCCACGUUCGGUCCACCCACAGACAAGCUGCGCAGUCCGGAAGAUGAUCUGACGCUUUGGCAGUUCAUGUCCGUCUCAUGGAUGAAACCGCUGAUCGAUCUGGGGAACGCUCGACAGCUCAAUGACGAAGAUGUAUGGUCGCUCAGCUACGAAUUCCAGCAUCGCAUCUUGCAUGAUCGGUUCCGGGAGUUGAAAGGCUCGGUGUUGAGGCGGCUGGUUGAGGCUAAUGGGUUGGAUUUAAGUAUGGAGGAUCAUCGGGCGCCGAAACGCGCUGCGUUGACAUAUGCGCUGUUUUCGCUCGUUCUGAGGUUUGUUGGGAGCCAAUCUUCUGUCUUCAGUCUUUGGUAUGGGAGACGGGCGUAUGAGAGGUCGAGGGGGGAGAUGAUUACGAUGUUGUAUGAGAAAACGCUGUCGCGGAAGGUGGUUAGUGUCAGUAGCAAACCUGAAGAGCACAAUUCUACGAAUGGGACAAAUGGCUCGGUCAAAAUUGUGCGUCGAUCGAGAUGGGGAAAAGCGGUGGAAUAUCUCAAGAAACCUUUUCAGUCCAAGAAAAAAACGCCGGUGCUGGAAAGUGUGCCGGAGAAAUCCCCUGAACUGGCUUCUAUGGGGAAGAUCAUGAAUCUCAUGCGCUUCUGGGAAUUCUCGUCCCUCGUGUCCCAACCUCUGGGCUUGGUCUUCUCCGUCGUUCUAAUCUGGCGACUAAUCGGAUGGCCCUGCCUAAUCGGCGUCGUAACAGUCUUUAUAGCCCAAGCCAUCAAUGCUUUAAUCGCACGCGCCCUCUUAAGCUGGGAGAAAGACCGCCGCAUAGCAACAGACAACAAACUCCACAAGAUCGGGCAGCUAGUUGAAGCUAUCCGGCAUCUACGCUACUACGGCUGGCAAGAUGUUUGGCUAGCUCGUAUCAUGGAAGCUAGACAGCACGAGUUGACGUUGAGAAUCAUCACUGCGCUGUGGCGCAUUCUCAUUGCGUUUACGAAUUCGUUUGCUAGUGGCAUGUUCCCAGUGGUUGCGUUUUAUGCGUAUACUGUUUGGGCGGGCCAGCCAUUGACAGUCGAUGUUGCGUUCCCGGCAUUGCAGCUAUUCAGUAUGAUGGAGACCAGUCUUCGCGAAGUACCGAAUCUAAUUACCGUAUUGUUGAAUGCCAAGGUCUCUGUUACUCGACUGGAAGAAUUCAUGAGUGAACCUGAAAAGGAAAAUGCGGACACUGGGCAGGGUUUGAAUACCAAACUUGAAAUGAAGGAUGCUUCGUUUGCGUGGCCAGGGGCGACUGAACCUGUUCUUAGCAACAUUACCCUCUCCUUCCCAACAGGACUGACGGUCAUCUACGGAGAGGUUGGUGCGGGGAAAACUGCCUUACUCCAAGCAUUACUUGGUGAGCUUGACCGGUUGAGUGGCGAAUACGAUCGAGCAAAUGACCCAGUUGGAUACUGUGCUCAAACCCCCUGGCUACAGUCCAUGAGUAUCCGAGAAAACAUUCUCUUCUCUUCCCCAUACGAAGAAUUACGCUACAAACAAGUCCUCGAGGCAUGCGCGCUGAUUCCAGACAUGGCGAAUUUCAAACACGGUGAUCUGUCUCUUGUAGGCGAGAACGGCGUUGGUCUUUCAGGCGGGCAAAAGGCUCGUCUCUCUCUUGCUAGAGCUGUAUAUUCCAGAGCCAAUAUCCUACUACUCGAUGAUCCACUUUCGGCACUGGACCACCACACAGCGGAAUCCAUUGUCCGGAAGUGUCUCUCUGGUCCAUUGUUGAAAGACAGGACCGCGAUACUUGUUACGCACCGUACGGAACUCUGCCUCGGGUUGGCGGACCAGAUCGUUCACAUGGUGGAUGGUGAAGCCCGCGUUAUUGAGGCGGAAUCGAUUGCUUCAGAGGACUUACAUGGAGCUACUCCAGAAGAGCCUGUCACUGAAGAGGACUCUACAGAUGAGGUACAACAACUUGCGGCUCCUGAUAAAUUCAUGGAAGAUGAACAUCGAGCUCACGGUGGCGUCAAAGCUUCCAUUUACUGGGAAUAUAUCAAAGCGGGAAAGCUCAGGUGGUGGUUUGUCCUUAUCAUUGUCCUUGCUUUAUAUCGAGUUAUUGAUGUUGGAGAGACUUGGUUCCUCAAACAAUGGGGUGAAGCCUAUGGUGAUCGAGAUGAGAGAGCCACUUCUGGUCCGUUUGGAAACCUGCCCAACCCAGAAACGAACAUUCGGCCCUGGCUCAUUGGAUUCUUUCUCAUUGCCGCCGCUCAGUCUAUUACAUAUCUAAUAUCUCAAGCAUUUAUGUUGGUCAUAAUCUACCAGGCAGGGAAGAAUAUGUUUGAAAGGGUCAUGACCCGAGUUACCCACGCCACAUUCCGCUUCUACGAUGUCACACCUGUUGGCCGUUUGAUGAACCGCCUCACGUCUGAUAUCAACACCAUAGAUGGUAACAUCAGCAAUCAGUUCCAGAAUGUGGCUGUUCUAUCUAUUUCUUGGAUAUCAUCCAUCGUGGUUAUUGGAUCAGUAACCCCGCCGUUCCUCAUAUUCGCCAUUGCUCUCACCAUAGCAUUUGUCGUCAUAUUCAUGCACUUCCUCCCUACAUCUCAAAGUCUCCGCCGCUUGGAAAUGGUUUCCUUGAGCCCUCUCAUUUCCAAUUUCGGAGAACUCGCUACAGGUCUUACCAGCAUCCGAGCCUUCAAAGUCUCGCACCUCUUCCAAGCUAGAGUCAUAACCGUGACGGACAAAUUCCAAAAAAUGGAUCACUUCUACUGGAGUCUCCAAGCAUGGCUAAUGUACCGCUUCGACAACCUCUCCGCCAUCUCCACCUUCCUCAUGACAACCAUGGCCCUCUAUACCGGCGUCUCCCCCGGCCUAACCGCCUUCCUCCUAACCGCCGCCGGCAAAUUCGUCCUCGGCACUCACCUCCUCUGCAAACAAUAUGGCCAACUACAAAUGGACUUCGUCUCAGUAGAACGCGUCGUCGAACUGCUCCACCUCCCCCAAGAACCCCCCGGUCAAAUUGACCCGCCCGCCUACUGGCCCCGCCUCAAUGGCGACAUCGUCUUCGAAAACGUCACCAUCCACUACGCGCCACACCUCGACCCAGCCCUUUCAGACAUCUCCCUCACGAUCGCGGGCGGCAGCACCACCGCGCUCACCGGCCGCACCGGCUCCGGCAAAAGCACCCUCGCGCUCUCCCUACUCGCCACAACUCUCCCGUCCUCCGGACGCAUAAUCAUCGACGGGAUAGACAUAGCGACCAUCAACACGCAAGCGUUGCGCAAACGCAUCACCUUCCUCGCGCAAGACCCCAUCCUCUUCCCCGGCAGCAUGCGCGCGAACCUCGACCCGCUGGACGAAUUCUCCAACUCGGAAUGCGCCACUGUGCUCGCCAAAGUAGCGGGCAAGCACGGCUGGACGCUCGCCACGCAUGUCGAUACCGGGGGCCGGAACCUGAGCCAGGGGCAGAGGCAGCUGGUAGGUCUGGCUAGGGCGCUGCUGCGCAGGAGUGCGGUGGUGGUUAUGGAUGAGGCGACGGCGAGUAUUGAUGGGGAGACGGCGGGGAGGAUCUUGGGGCUGUUGAGGGAGGAAUUGGGUGGGAGUACGGUGCUUGUUGUUGCCCAUCGUUUGGAGGCUGUUAGGGGCGCUGAUGGGUGUGUUGUGCUUGGACGGGGGAGGGUGCUGGAGGUAAGGAGGGGGGUUGAUGGCGUUAUGGAGUGA